CAUACAUCGCCAACACUUAGGGAACGAACUCUUCAGUACCUGCACUUCAGUGGUUACGCACACCUCCCCGUCCUCCCCCCAUCCAUCGUGGCUGCUUGUCAGGGCCAGAUCCACGCGUUCGACUCCCAGGACCUCAUUGACGUCUACAUCCCAGAUGGCCCUAAGACUGCCCUCUACCGUUGCGAGCAGCAGCCGUGCCCAAAUCGGACACCCCGAUCGAUCGAGGAAGAUUACCCUCGUUACAAGGCGAUCCGACGAGCGCAACACCCACUCGGACCCCGAAGCACCCUCGCAUCUCGAUCGGCCUCGCGGCACUCUCGCCCUGUCUCCCCUACCUCCCACCUCCCUCAAACUGUCGCCAAUCAAGCGCGAGGAGAUCUCCCUCCAGACCCUGCGCCAGAGCCUGAGGAGGGUGACAGUGAAGAAGGAGUCUCGGAGUCCGAGUCUGCGGAUCCUGCUCGGCCCGCCUCGCCGACAGCGCUCGCCUCCACGUUAGCAGUCCCUGACCAGAGGGCCACCACAGCCGCCUCCGCCCCCGCAGUGUCCUCCGUCCCCCCCUACGCCGAUAAUGUCGUCCCCUGCAGCCGCCCCCGAUAA